CCCGCCCGCUUGUCCUCUGACAGCGAGGCUUAGGGCGGAGGGAAGCGGGUCGGUCGGUCCGUCAAGCACGAGGCUCCCGCGGCCAGGCCAGCACGGAGCCGUUGCCAUGGCAGCUGCCGCCGGGGGCGCAGACGAAGAGUCGCGCUCUGGCCGCUCGAGCUCGGAUGGCGAGUGCGCGGUGGCGCCAGAGCCGCUGACGGGCCCCGAGGGCCUCUUCUCCUUCGCCGACUUCGGGUCUGCGCUGGGCGGCGGCGCGGGGCUCCCGGGCCGGGCGGCCGGCGGGACCCAGUCCCCGCUACGCUACCUUCACGUCCUGUGGCAGCAGGACGCGGAGCCCCGCGAUGAGCUGCUCUGUAAGAUCCCCUCCGGCCGGCUGAGGCGCGCCGCCAGGCCCCACCGCCGGCUCGGGCCCACGGGCAAGGAGGUGCACGCUCUGAAGAGGCUGAGGGACUCAGCCAAUGCCAACGAUGUGGAAACAGUGCAGCAGCUGCUGGAAGAUGGCGCGGACCCCUGUGCAGCUGACGACAAGGGCCGCACAGCCCUACACUUUGCCUCCUGCAACGGCAAUGACCAGAUUGUGCAGCUGCUUCUGGACCAUGGAGCCGACCCCAAUCAGCGAGAUGGGCUGGGGAACACGCCACUGCACCUGGCGGCCUGCACCAACCAUGUCCCUGUCAUCACCACACUGCUGCGAGGAGGGGCCCGGGUAGAUGCCCUGGACCGGGCGGGCCGCACGCCCCUGCACCUGGCCAAGUCGAAGCUCAACAUCCUGCAGGAAGGCCACUCCCAGUGCCUGGAGGCCGUGCGGCUGGAGGUAAAGCAGAUCAUCCAGAUGCUGAGGGAGUACCUGGAGCGCCUGGGGAGGCACGAGCAGCGGGAGCGGCUGGAUGACCUCUGCACCCGCCUCCAGAUGACAAGCACCAAAGAGCAGGUGGAUGAAGUGACCGACCUGCUGGCCAGCUUCACCUCCCUCAGCUUGCAGAUGCAGAACAUGGAGAAGAGGUAGCAAGAGAGGCUCCCCGCCCUCCCGCUCCGCCACCCUCCCCCGCCCCACUGCCCUCUCAUUACAAAGGAAAAGCCCAGUGCCUGGGACUUCGUCUGCCGAGGCCCUCGCCCCCAGCUGCUGCGAGGCAGAGAUGCUCUCUCACUGACCUCAGCGCCACUCCCAGCCACGGUCUCCAUCAUCCCUGGGGGCCGGGACCACAGCCCACAGCGUCUUCCUUCGGCUCCCACGGCGCCGCAGCCACGCCUCACCAGCUCUGGCCAACGCGCUAUCCUAGCAGGCCUCACCCGUCCCAUGGCCUCCCUGGCACCCUCGGCAGGCCCCAGACCCUUCUCUGUGUCCCUUUCCAGCCGUGGGCUCGUUGCGGCCAGCAGGAUUUGGCUUAGGGCAGGCACCCUGUGGCCUAGGGGGCUUCUGGGCUGGCCCCGCACUUCUCACCAGCACUUAGAUUUAGGCUUGUCACCGGACUUUCAAGGAGACAUGGCAGUGAGUUUCUCUGGUUGGAAGGAGGGGGUUGGUGAAGCCUAGACCUUAGAAAUACAGGGUUAGGAAGGGCCCGGCUGAACCCAAAGCAGGUAAUCCCCAGCCUUUUUUCUCCCAAUCAUUGAAACACCAGGAGGGGGUCGCCAUUCUGCAGCCUCGUUGCAGUAGGCGGAGGAGUAGCCCCCAGGAUGGCCGUGUUCUAAUCCCAGGAACCUGCGAACAUUACCUUAUAUGACAAAAGGGACUUUGCAGAUGUUAUUAAGUUAAGGGUCUUUAGACAAGGCAACUGUCCUGGAUUAUCCGGGUGGGCCUGGUAUAAUCACACGGAUCCUUAUUAGAGGGAAGCAGGAGCUCAGAGAGGAAGCAGGAGAUGUGGUGGUGGAAGCAAGAAAUCGGAGUAACUCGAGGACGGGGUCGCAAGCCAAGGAAUGCAGGCGGCCUCCAGAAGCUGCAAAAGGCAAGGAAAUGGAUUCUCCCUUCAGAACUUCCAGAAGGGACCAGCCUGCCGGCACCUUGACUUUAGCCCAGAGAGAUUUCAGAUUCUGACUGCCAGAACCAUAAGAGAAUAAAUUUGUGUUGUUUGAAGGCCCAAAAACUCACUGCAAAGAAGCCCGCCCCACCCCACCCCCCCACCGCUGCCACUUCUGCCCCGACAGGAGCAGACAUUAUUCCCCUUGGGGCUCGAACACGCCAAAGGUGGCGCCCCCUCCUGGCAGGGAUCUGCCACAGCAGAAAGCCUGAAGGGAGGGCCUGCUGGGCCCAGCCCUCUCCCAGGAAGCAUUCGACUGUAGAGUAAAGACAGACUUUUUCCAGAUUGGCAAUCCCUGCCUGCUCUGGCUCUGCCCCACCUUCCCUCUCACCCAGUUGGAAUCCUGGCUGCCUUUCAGAGGAGGGGAACUUGUCUCCCAAAUCCCAGCUUGAUCAGACCUGAACUGAACUCAUGGGAUCCAGCUGUUCCCCAGACCCUAAGAAAAAAAGGGUCUUUCUGUGGGGCUGAGAUACAGGCCCGGGGCUGCCUCCAGGACCCUGGGAGAGGGGAGGCUGCAAGCUCCGCCAGGUCGCCAGGGUUGGGGAAGGUACCCUCCCCAAGACUGGGGAGAGAGGAGGGCAGAGGAAGCAGUAAAGUGUGUCUGUGUAACUCAA